UGCUGGACUCAAUGAUGCUGGAGGUCUCUUCCAACCUUGAUGGUUCUGUGAUUCCAUAAUUUCCAUGACCCCACAUCCACCAGUGCUCUCGUGGAACACUAUUUUCUAGAUUCCUGCAAGUCCUGACUUGCAGUCCCCUGUACCUCCAGCUGGUGACAACAGGAGGCAGAGUGUGCAAGGGCAACACUCCCUGUGGCAGCCUCAGGUCCUGCCUCUCUCAAAUGAUUUUAUCUUCAUUCCUCUGAACCUCAUCUGCUGUAGAUAAACCAGUCACACUGUGCUGUACCUGCCAGGCAAGCCCCACUCAGCUCCAGGCUGGGGGGUGCUCAGUGCAGAGGGUGUUUUGGGGGAAACAAAGGCAUCAUUUGGCUGGAAUUUGGGACAGGCUGUGUCUGUCCUGAGAAGUGCCACCAAAUUUCUGCAAGGGCCACCUGGCAACCUCCCGCUCCUCUUGGUCCCAUGGUGAGCCUUUUUUGGUGCCCCAAUUUGGUCUUGGAAGAUUGCAGGAACUGCAGCAGUGUGUUUGUGCCUCGCUGUGGGCUUAGAAACUGUUGGUAUCUUUGUGCUGACAUUUACCAAAAAUAUUCAUCUGGAGACAUAUCCUCAUGUAUAAAUUUCAGUCUGGGGAUUUUAAUGGGAUUUCACAAGCUACUCUGUAGCCCUGAUGGUCCUGUAGGACCAGCUGUCCCGGGGAAUCAGAUGAACAGUCCUAGAGGAUGCAGACUAAGGGUCCAUCUAGACCAGCCUGAAUAUCUCCAGAUGUGGCCACGGCAGAGACCUUGAAGAGAAAGGCCAAUAUCUGUGCUCCCAAUCUGGAAGGCACUCCCAGCCCCCAUCCGUUUUCAUUUUCUGCAUUGUCUUUGAGCUUCUCCCUCUGAAAUUCAAAGCCUGAGUCAGCCACUUGGAAAUUUCCUUGAGAUCACCAUGUUCCUUGGCAAGGAGCUCCUGGUGUGAAGAGCUUCCUUCUGUUCCUUUUGAACCUGGCUCUUGCCAGCUCCAUUGGAUGGUCCAUGGUUCCUGCUAAGGAGAAACAGGGACCAUUUGCUUUGUCCCUCUUUCUAGGCCACUCAUCAUCUUGCAGACUUUAAUUCCCACGUGGAAAGUCUCAGUUCUUCUCAAAAGUACAUCUCAUCCAAAUCCUUGCUUGGAGCUGCCCCCCCCGUGAUCUCAUACCUCCCCCAGUCAUUCCAUUUCCAGCUGAUUUGCUCCCAGUUAAACCCAGUUUCCCACAUUAGGGGUUAGAGGUGGUGUGGUGGAGCCUGCUGCCUUCAGGGCUGAGCAGAGGCUUCCUCCUGCAUCCCAAAAGUGUCCUGGUGGGGGAUCCAAAGAUACCACGUGUGAUUUCUAUCAAUAGAUGAAACACACCAUAAGGCAGAGGUUUCACAGCCUCCAUAAAUAGCCACUCUUUAGGAUGUGUGAUGUGGAGGAGGUUUUAGAAAUCAAAAUAUUUAGAGAUUCACAUUAUUUGUCUUGGCAGGAAGGAGCAGCCAAGACUGAAAUACAGAACCUUCGAGGAAGGAACAGAGUUGAGGAAAACAGUGAAUAGGGGGAAUAGCAGAGGUGUCAAAACCUCCAGGAGUUCCUUUUGGGUGAAUGGAAGCAGGAAACAUGGUGUGUCUGAAAGGAGGGAGAAUUCAUUGACAGUGUUGAGGCACAUUUAUAUUCCUGAUAGAAAAUAGUGAUUUUUUCCAAACAAAUCUUGACAUUUUGAUCAAACCUGUAGCUGAAUGUUGCAAGAACAUCCAGAACACUCAGCUAAAAGCAGCUCUGAGCUGGGCUGUGUUGGUGUGAGCCAUCAGCGAGGAGGCUCCAGCUCAUUCCCCAGCCUGUUCUCCUCCUCUCAGUUUUAUUCUGGUCCCUGUGUGGAGAUGUGUCAGAGGAGUGGAAGGUUGAUCUGAACAGGGGACAUGUGGAAGUUUGGGUCUGAGUGUGCUGGUAGGAGCAGGGGGUGGGAGGGGUGGAUGUUGGUGGCCCCUGGGUUGGCAGGUCAUCACGAUCCUCUCCUCAUCUCAGCCCCAUCUCAACCUCAUCUCUCUGAGUGUUCCCAGUCUCCCAGUCAGUCAGAUCUGUCUCAAAGCCUUUUUCUAGCACCUUCAGCCUCAACCUGCCCCCUGUACCCUCAGGCAGGGCUGUCAGCUGAGGUGUGUGACCUUGUUGUCACCUCCCCUGUCUCCUGUGCAUGGCCAGCCCUGUGGACAGGGGACCAGGAGUUUCAUCCACACCUUCCUCAGCAUCCCUGAGCAGCAAUGGGGGAAAGAGGAUGCCAAGAGCUCCCAAAGCAGGGGAAGUGUGGGAGCAGGGUGAGGGGAACCCUCAUGGCUGGGCUGGAGUUGUGGCAUGGCUGGAUUGGGAAUGGGGAUGGUUGGGAGCUGCUGUGCCUCUGCUAGAGGUGUGGCACGGCCAAAGUGGGAAUGGGGAUGGAUGGGAGCUUAAUUUCCCUUUGAGUUCCUCCGCUGGGUUCCUGCAAGGCCUCCACUUUGGGCAGGGGCUUCUACUUUGUGAUCAUCCUCAACAGAGAGACAGGACCCCUUUUGUCACUGGACCAUCAGGAAUGAUGGCCUGCUCUCGUGGCUUUCCCAUCGUGCUGUGGUUGUCCAGCACCUGGACAUGUUCAUUAGCACCAUGGAGACCUCACUCCUCCUCCACUCUCCCGAGGCUUUUCCUGGGAGCCAGCAGAGCCCUCCUGUAGGGAUGGAGCAUUUCCAGCAGGAGUUUCUCUGCCAGUGCAGUGACACCAUUCCUGGCCCAAACAAUAUGGGCUAAACCAGCCAAUCUCUUCUCUGUGUGUCUGUGGCUGGUGGGACAAUGACAGAGCAGUGUCAGGAGGGUGUCGGUGCUGGAACCAAAUGAUCAUCUGAGCCAACUCUGUUGUGCCGACGUGCUCAUGAGCUCCUGACACUCUCUGUGAGCAUCAGUGGCUGAUUCCUGUGUCCAGGGAGAACUAAGCACUAUUUUAGCUGUCACUGGUGAUGUAGCAACAGAACCAGUUCCCUAAGGACUAGCUGCAAGGGAUGGCCAAGGGCAGAAGAGGAGCCCAGAUCUGGGAUGGCACCACGCUCCACCUCCUGCUCUGCACGUUUAUGCACCGAUGGCCUUCAGGGCCCCGUGGAGGAAGCCCCUGUUGCCUCGGGGCAGUGCUGCAAGUGGGACCCAGCAGGGCUGUGGUGGGCACUGCCUGGUCAGCCUGGCUCAGGAACGUUCCCUGCUCCAGUUGCUGUGGCAGAGGUGGAAUGUCCCGUUUGCCCGUGACGCAGAUGUUCUGGGAAACAUGAGCGUGUGGCAACCACGGCCGCUCUCCGUCCACUGCCGCGACUUCCAGAGAAGAGAUCCACCUACUGAUUCUCUGAAUCGCUAAUUCUGGUUUCUCUAGAGAGUCCUUUGGUCAGGGGAAAGGAAGCAAUAGGUCAUAUCCUGUUCUCUCUCCUUUCAUGGUAUCAUACCAUUGAUGGGCACUGCUCUCACUGGGGCUGUGGACGGUUCCUCCCCAGGCUCAUGUGGUGCCCCUGACACAGCACUUCUCCCAUUGUGUCAUGGCUUUCACCAGUGUUUCCAUCACGUUUCCAUUUUUGGUCACUGUCUCCCUCUUAUAAAGAGGGCUGAACCCAGGGAUCCCACACCAGGCACAGCCAGGGGCACCCUGCACCAGUCCAGCCUGACUCCUACAGCUCAUCUCCACCCAACAGGACCAUGAAGACCUUCACAGCAGCCCUUGCUGUACUUUUUGUGGCUGUCCUCUGCUACCGGGUCUCCUCUUCUCCAAUUUCUCUCAACCAUUUCGGUCCCUGCUGCACUGAGUUCAUCACCAGACCGUUGCCCUUGAGACUUGUGAAGAGCUAUGAGCACACAGGCAGCAGCUGCUCCCAGCCAGCCGUGAUAUUCACCACCAUCAAGGACAAGCUGGUCUGUGCCAACCCUGAUGAGAAGUGGGUCCAGGACAUGGUGAUUCAACUAAAGCACAAGGAAGGCAGUGGAUGAGCAAAGCCCUGCUCCCUCCAAGCAUUACCUCAGCAAGGACCUGCUCUCAUGGGCACCUCCGAGACAAAUCCCUGCUUUCUCAUUGCCUGGGAGUUUGGCAGAGUAUUUAACACAGUGUUUAGCUCUUUUAGUUUCUGCAAAGGCAGUCUUAAUUUAUUUGACAUUUUCAGUGAAACUUUUCAUUCUCGUUUGUACUGAUGGUGUUGAAGUUAUUUUUGCAUAAUAAAA